ACCUCUCACACCUCCUCAUCCCUCCACCCCUCCAGCCCUCCACCCCUCCACCCCUCCACCCCUCCAGCCCUCCAGCCCUCCACCCCUCCAGCCCUCCACCCCUCCACCCCUCCACCCCUCCACCCCUCCAGCCCUCCACCCCUCCACCCCUCCAGCCCUCCAGCCCUCCACCCCUCCACCCCUCCAGCCCUCCAGCCCUCCAGCCCUCCACCCCUCCAGCCCUCCACCCCUCCAGCCCUCCACCCCUCCUCCUCUCUUCGUUCUGGCCAUGGCUGAGCCGUCCCCCGGCUGGUGGAAGCUCACCUUCCUGCGCAAGAAGAAGUCGGAGCCCAAGGUGCUGUACGAGAUCCCCGCCGAGUACGGCAGCAACACGGGCCACGGCGGGGCCCCCGCGCCAGCAGAGGGCGCCGCCGCGGAGGACAGCCAGUUCAACGCGCGGCUGGAGAGGAUCGUGGACAAGACGGCCACCAAGGGGCGCCACGUCAAGGUGUCCCACUCCGGACGCUUUAAGGAGAAGAAGAAGAUCAGGGCCACGCUGGCGGAGAACCCCGAUCUGUUUCCCGGCCACGAGACCAGCGAUGAGAAUCUCAGGGCUGGGAAAUGAGGGAAGGUCGACACACACACACACACACACUCUGUGUUGUAAUGAAAACACACUCAUUCACACUCACACACCCCCUGUCAGACGUGAUCUUGAUGGGCAGUUCAUACGCAGAGUGACUAAACGGGAGAGAGAGGAUGAGCCUGUGCUACAGUCUAGUCACUAGGUCGCUCGUUUGUACAAAGUAAUAAGUGAUGUAUGAAUUGGUAAUGGAUAAGCCUAAUGUUCAGCACAGCAUCACUCUUUAACCUGGAGCAGGAUAAUGUUUGGUAGUAGGCCUAAGCUGUGGAAGCCAACAUUUGGACAGAUGAAGGAUAGGCUGAUUUAAACUGUACAUUGGCCUGAGAUUACUUCCCAACUGAGUUGAGCUGGUUAAAAAUAUGUUUUGUAAGGUUUUUGGGGGAUGUAUACCUGUGAGGGACUAGAUGUCACUGUGUAAGGCUACGUAAGGAAUCACUGAGGUUUGGUUGCUGAUGUAAAAGAAAAGGACUUUAUUGUGAUUCAACUGCAAGUGUUUUAGGGCAUCUCUGCCUUUUCACUGUUGGUGUAAUGCUUUAGAAAGAUCAUUUGAAUGAACAGACAGAUGAAAAAGCCAAACCAAAACUACAGUGGGACUCAUAUCCUACAAAUCUCAAGUCUUUUAACUGUAAACGCUCUGCUACUUUAUCUAUGUUGACUUUCAGUAUCACUGUAAUAUUCAUAUUUGAUCUAAUUGAAAAGUAUAUUUUGAAAAAGUUUGUAAAAUUCAUAGGUACUGUUCAGAUUGUUUUAUAAAUAAAAUGUAUGUCUGAUUUUAUGA